AUGGCGAACUCGAAAUACGAAUACGUGAGGCUAUUCGAGCAGCCAGACAAUCUCCUCCCCCAAACAUGGAUUGUUGUUCGAAUAGACGGGCGAGGAUUCCACAAGCUCUCGGAUAAGUACGGCUUUGAAAAGCCAAAUGACCGUCGGGCACUGGAUCUUAUGAAUGCUGCUGCUGUCUCAGUGAUGAAGGAUCUCCCAGACCUGACUAUUGCCUAUGGCGUUAGUGACGAGUAUAGUUUUGUCUUCCAUCCAAACUGUGAACUUUUUGAAAGACGAAGCGCGAAACUCGUUACAACAAUUGUUUCAGGUUUCACCGCGGCAUACGUUUACCAAUGGCCAAAAUUCUUCCCCGACAAGCCUCUUCAAUUAUCGAAUUUACCGACCUUUGAUGGGCGGGCUGUUCAGUAUCCCAAUGCCAGUAUCCUUCGGGAUUAUAUGAGUUGGAGACAGGUGGAUUGCCAUAUCAAUAACUUAUACAAUACGACCUUUUGGUCGAUGGUUCUCAUAGGUGGAAUGACCAAUGUCGAGGCGGAGAAAGAGUUGCAGGGAACUGUUUCAUCCGAUAAGAAUGAAAUCCUCUUCAGUCGCUUCGGUAUCAAUUACAAUAAUGAGCCCGAAUUCUUCAAAAAGGGCUCGGUCGUAUACCGACAAUACCAACUCCAGGAACCAGAAGCAGUAGGAACAACAACAGCACAUACGCAACAGGAUGAUGAACCCAUAAGCCAGCUCUCGCGGACGCAGCAGGAGAAAAUUCGCAAAUUGCGCCGGAAGGCACAGGUUGUCGUGGAGCAUGUGGAUAUCAUCAAGGAUGAUUUUUGGCUGAGAAGACCGUGGCUAUUAUCUGGUAAACCGGGGAAGAUACCGGUUGAAUAG